AUGAUGUUGGUGCGCGGUGGCAGAGGAGGUCGUGGUGGUCGUGGUGGUGGUCGUGGCCGGGGUGGUGGUCGUGGCCGGGGUGGAUUCAGGGGUGGUCGUGGUGGUGGUGGCAGAGGUGGCGGUCGUGGUGGUGGUGGCCGAGGAGGAUUCAGGGGUGGUCGUGGUGGUCGUGGUGGUGGCAGAGGAGGAUUCACGGGUGGUCGUGGUGGUGGUGGUGGUGGCAGGGGAGGAGGGUUCAGGGGUGGUAGAGAAGAAGGCGGUGAUCGAGGAAGUGGAUUCAGGGGAGGUCGAGGUGGUGACAGGGGUGGCCGUGGCCGUGGUCGUGGCCGUGGUCGUGGCCGUGGUCGUGGGCCAGGACGCGGAGGACGCGGAGGACGCGGAGGACGCGGAGGACGCGCAGACCAUCAAGUGGAAUAUGCACCACCGGCUGGGAGAACAAAGCAGACCCGCGAAGGAAAGCGGCCCGAGAAAUCGCCCAAGCCCACAGCCGGGGAGGAUCGGGAGAGGGCAACGGCGGAUGUCAAGUACAAGAGCACGCACCGCAUCCUGGUUGUGGGCGAUGGCGAUUUCAGCUUCUCUGCGGGCUUGGUGGAGCAUGUUGGCGGCCACGCCGAUCGCCUCGUCGCCACCUCCUAUGACAGCCUGGAGGAGGUGGAGAAGAAGUACAAGGCCAGCAAGCGCAACAUUGGCGCGAUCAAGCGCGGCGGAGCGCAGGUCGUACACGACAUCGAUGCCGGCAACUUGCACAACCACUUUCCAAAGCAGCGCGAGUACUUCCAUCGCGUUGUGUUCAACUUCCCGCACACGGGGGAGCAGCGUGUGCAUCUGAACAAAGAGCUGGUUCGUCGCUUCCUCUUCUCAUCCCCGUUUGUCCUCCAUCCCAACGGCCAAGUUCACAUCACCAUCAAAAUGAGCCUCCCCUACAGCGGCUGGGACAUUCCUGCGCUUGGGAAAGAGGCCGGCCUGGUGCUGGCAGGCAUGCUCGACUUCAACGCCCAGCUCUUCCCAGGGUACCGCCACAAGACGACGCUGGCAGAGGCAAAGGAGUUUGACGCAGAGUCCGACAAGGCGGCAGCCAGAUGCAAGACGCUGGUGUUUAUGAAGCCUGCGCAGUACAAGAUGCGCGUGCAGCCAAGCACGGAUGUGCUGAUGGAAGCGGAGGAGAUUGUUGCAGAACGAACAGAGGCAGCAAAGCGUGGUCGUGGCCGUGGUGGCCGUGGUGGCCGUGGUGGCAGAGGUAGGGGCAGAGGUAGGGGCAGAGGUAGGGGUAGGGGGCAUGGUGAAAAGAGAGAGGUGGAGGCAGCAGAUGCUGGCGGUACUGGAGAUGCUGGCGAGCACGCGGCCAAGAAGGCAAAGAUGACGAUGGACGAUGGGCCGAAGGAGGGGAAGAUCGAAGGCAAGGCGAGGAAGGACAAGAAGGACAAGAAGAAGAAGGACAAGAAGGUCAAGAAGGAGAAGGCAGCGGUGGUGAGCGAGUGAGAUGAGGUGUGAGCGUGCGUGGGUGACAUGGCAUGGCAGUUGCGUGGCCGUCAAGCUGUCAAUUAAAAUCUUGUUGUGUCACA